UUAAUGAUAUUAGUUAGGGUAGCUUUUUUAACUUUAUUUGAACGUAAGGUUUUAGGGUAUAUUCAAGAUCGUAAGGGACCUAAUAAAUUAUCAUUAGUUGGAUUAUUGCAACCAUUUAGAGAUGUAAUUAAAUUGCUUAAUAAAGAAUUUUAUUUAAUUGAAAAAAUUAAUUUAUAUAAUUAUUUAUUUAUACCUAUAGUAAUUUUAAUUUUAUCUAUAUUUAUUUGGGUAGUUAUUCCUUUUUAUGUAAAUUUGUAUCCAAUAAAUUUAGGUAUUUUAUAUUUAUUGAGUAUUAUAUGUUUAGGGGUUUAUCCAAUUAUAUUAAGUGGUUGGUCUUCUAACUCUAACUAUCCAAUACUAGGUUCAAUUCGUUCAAUUGUUCAAUCAAUUUCUUAUGAAGUAAGAUUAUUUUUAAUACUUUUUUCUCUAUUACUAAUAAUUGAGGGAUUUUCAUUAAGAGGAUUUUAUAUUUUUCAGAUAAAUUUAUUUUUUGUUAUUUAUUUGUUUCCUUUAUAUUUAAUAUUUUUAGUUAGAAUAUUAAUUGAAUUGAAUCGAACUCCUUUUGAUUUAGUUGAAGGAGAAUCUGAAUUAGUUUCUGGAUUUAAUACAGAGUAUUAUGGAGGUGAGUUUGCUUUAAUUUUUAUAGCAGAAUAUUUAAGAAUUGUUUUUGUAAGAAAUUUAAUUACUUUAUUAUUUUUUGGGUUUAACUUUUUUUCUUUAAAUUUUAUUUUAACUUAUAUGUUUCAUGUUUUUUUUGUAAUUUGAAUUCGAGGGGUUUUACCCCGCGUUCGGUAUGAUAAAAUAAUGUUUAUGUGUUGGAAAAAGUUUUUAUCAAUGUCUUUAAUUUAUUUGAUUUUUAUUUAUGGAAUUAAAGAAUUAAUUAUAAUAUUAAGUUAA